GCAGCGGUCCCGACGCGUCCAGGAGAAACGAUGCUUUUUUUAUAUUAAACUAAAGAAGAAGAAGAAGAACCCCCCCCAACGCAAAGCAAAGCGAAGCGGCGGCUGCUCAGCGGAGAGGCUUUUCAUCAGCGUGCUGACCAGGCCAGUGACUGUCUGUCAUGCUGUCCAGGUUAAGGACAACCUGGUCCCUGCGACCAUGUGUCUCUGCUUACAGAUGGGCACACACCAAAGAAAAGGGCAAGCCCCUCAUGCUCAACCCUCGCACCAACAAAGGCAUGGCUUUCUCCUUACAAGAGCGCCAGAUUUUGGGGAUACAGGGCCUGUUGCCUCCCAAAAUUGAGACCCAAGACAUUCAAGCCAUGCGCUUCCAGAACAACCUCAAGAAGAUGACUGACCCCUUACAGAAAUACAUCUACCUCAUGGGCAUUCAGGAGAGGAAUGAGAGGCUGUUCUAUAGAGUGUUGAUGGAAGACAUUGAGGAACUGAUGCCAAUAGUCUACACUCCAACGGUUGGCCUGGCCUGCACACAGUAUGGGCACAUCUUCAGGAGACCCAAAGGCCUGUUCAUCUCUAUUCUGGACAAAGGCCACAUCCGUUCCAUCCUGGACAACUGGCCAGAGACUAAUGUUGCAGCUGUAGUAGUAACUGAUGGAGAGCGUAUUUUAGGUUUGGGUGACCUUGGCGUAUAUGGAAUGGGCAUUCCUGUCGGAAAGCUUUGCCUGUACACUGCCUGUGCUGGCAUCAGACCUGAGAGGUGUCUACCAGUGGUGAUCGACGUUGGCACAGACAACGAGACCCUCCUGCAGGAUCCAUUCUACAUGGGCCUGUACCAGAAGCGGGACCGGUCCCAGGUGUACGAUGACCUGAUUGAUGAGUUCAUGGAGGCUGUGGUGGAUAGAUAUGGUCAGGACACUCUAAUCCAGUUUGAGGACUUUGGGAAUCACAAUGCCUUCCGCUUUCUCAGAAAGUACAGGGAGAAGUACUGCACUUUCAAUGAUGACAUUCAAGGCACAGCGUCAGUGGCCCUGGCUGGCCUGUUGGCAGCUCAAAGAGCCAUUGGUAAACCCAUCACCGAACACAGGGUGCUUUUCCUAGGAGCUGGGGAGGCUGCCCUGGGUAUUGCAAACCUGAUUGUCAUGGCAAUGAUAGAGUCAGGGAUGACACAGGCUGAGGCAAGGAACAAAAUCUGGAUGUAUGAUAAACAUGGACUACUAGUAAAGGACAGACCCCAAGAGAUAGACGGUAACCAGGAAGUAUUUAUCCAUGACAGUCCAGGGAAUGUUCAGAGCUUCCUAGACGCCGUCAACACCAUCAAACCCACUGCCAUCAUUGGUGUGUCAGGGGCUGGACGGCUUUUCACCCAUGAUGUUAUAAAAGCUAUGGGAACCCUGAAUGAACGACCAAUCAUCUUCGCCCUGAGUAACCCCACCAACAAAGCCGAAUGCACUGCUGAGGAUGCCUACACACUCACUGAUGGCAGAUGUUUGUUUGCCAGUGGUAGUCCAUUUGAUCCAGUGACUCUGAGUGAUGGUCGUGUCAUCAUUCCUGGACAAGGGAACAAUGCUUACAUCUUCCCAGGUGUGGCUCUGGCAGUUAUCCUGAGUGGAGUGAGGCAUAUCAGUGACUCAGUCUUCUUGGAGGCUGCCAAGACCCUGUCAGAGCAGCUGACCGAUAAAGAGCUUGAGGAGGGCAGACUCUACCCACCUCUUUCCAACAUUCGGGAGGUCUCUCUCCAGAUGGCUGUCAAGGUGGUGGAGUACGUCUAUGCUAAGGGCAUGGCAUUCCGCUACCCUGAGCCUGUGGACAAGAACAGCUUUGUGCGCUCUACUGUGUGGAACACCGACUAUGACUCCUUCCUACCCGACAUCUAUGACUGGCCCGGAGUCAGAUUCAACCCUAAGACUGGCUAGAAAUGGAACAGAUUAGAUCCCGACUGUGCACCUUUUCAUCAUAUUGCCCUCGUCAUAAUUUCUCCCUCCCUCACAAAUGUUCCCAAGCAUCUUUGUGCAAACUUCAGCUAAGGUUAACAACCAUCUCAGCCUCUUGUUGUUGUCACCUUGUGUUAUUCACUCUCAGCCAUUCUCAUUAGACCUGAAGAGGUCAGACCAGACGAUGAGGGGAAUGGUUUGUCUCACAUCCCAUCCCAGCUCGGUAUCGCCACUGCUCUAAAUGUUAACCAACCUUGGCCUGGUGUAAGAAAUAUGGUGGAAGCCUCCUUUAACCCAUGCUUACAUCAGUCCACACUGUUUGGUUUUUCUGAGAAGGCAGGGCAGUUCCGCUAGAGCAGAGGGGUUAAGACCUGCGAGUCUGUGUGUGGGGGAGCAAAUGAGGGAGAGAAGAGGGGGCAGUGUAAUUCAGAGGGAAUAGGAUUUAUAUUUGAAGAGGUGCCUCCUGAAAAAAAAUACAAGAUUUUUUUUUAUGUGAAGGGAUGAAAGUACUGUCAAAGUCCUAGAAUCAGGCGCCAUUUGAGAAUCUAGUAUCUACUGUUUUUGUUUGUUUUAUUUUUGUUCCAAGGCUUUUAUUGCAUUUUAUUUAUUUACCUAAGUUACUUAUCCAGCCUGUUUAUGAGGGCUUUUAGUUGUUUUGUUUUUUUGUUUUGUUUUGUUGUUUUUUUUUGCCAUUGUGUUGCGUUUAUUAGUGCCCUCCAGCCCUAUAUAUGAGUCAGUUUGUCAAGAUAAGUAUGUCAUCAGCACUUUUUAUCCAGGUUGCAGCUACUCCAGCACUGAAAUAACACUCCUAAUUCUGGAAACGCCAAACAGCCGUUAUAACAUUUAGCAGUGUUGUUAAGGUACGUAUAUACAAAUUUGAUUUUGAUUGCACAAUACAAAUGUAUUUAAGGAAAAAGGAUGUGCGUAUUACUACUUUAAAAGUAUAUCAGCAUUAUAAUAUAAAAAAAAUUUACCUUAGUAAUAUCGUUUUAACGUGCACAUUGAAAAGGCAACAAUAAGGUAGUUUAAAGUAUAUCUUUUAGGGAAUUUGCGUGUCUCCUCUGACAAUAUUCAACCUGAGUGAUUUUUUUUUUUUUGGGAUGCAGAAACCAAUUACUGUACUUUCAGUUGUGUCCAAAAUGUGUUUUCCCUACAUUUCCUCCAAGUUUAUAUGGCCCUCGAUCAACCAGUAUGAUAAUGUGUCAGUUCCUCUUGUCUAGUUGGGGUUAAGACCUUUUGCUAGCUGACUUACUCAUGGCUAAUAACACAAAAUGUCACAGUGAAGAAAAGAAAAACCGGUCUAUAUUGUAACUGUAAAGAAAUAGCAACCAGUUAGCCAUGUUUGCAUAGUAGUUAAUUUUAACCACUAUCUUUAACUACUUUAACUAAAUCCUAAAAGUGACACCACAUUACAGCUUUUAUAAUGGCACUUGCCUUCACCAGGCACUUAACCCACCAUCAUUAGAACUAGAUUUGGCUGCAAACUAAUGUGCCAGCUUGCAUGGCUCCUAGUGCAAUUUUGAUUUUCAAUACAAAACAGCUACACUGACAAGUCACUUUUCAGUGAGAGAAGUUGCUGAUACAGAAAACGGUCUCUGAAAUGAAAAUACUGCAUCAUCCCUUUCGACAUGCCAUGUCUUGUCUUUGGCAUUGAAAAAUGGAAAAACGGUUUUGGAGUUUAAUUUGGUGACCCCCCCCCAUAAUGUAAUCAGGUAUUAAGUAUUGGUCUGACUUUUAACAACCCUCAUAGUUUUUAGUUUGCAUUCCUAAAGGUUAAACCUUCAGAAGUGUUUCUUUUUCCACUGGUAUACAUUUUUAAAAUCUGGAUGGUAGGUUUUAUUUCAACACUCCAAUUUGAUUCCCUUUACUGAGUGCAAUGAUCUUUUUGUAUGUGAGCUAAAUGGACAAGGGAGCAAGCUUAAUCUGACAGUUAUGAGGAUGGCACAUUUCUUUAUUUUCUUACAGACUGUAAUCCUCUAGGACAGAUUUAAAAGUCAAUAGUUGGAUGUCGAACAUGAGAGAAUUUGAAUAAUCUGGGAAUUAAGAUAAUCUGACAUGAUACACAGGACAGACACAAACCCGUAUGACAGAUAAGUAAUCCUGUUUGUCAAUCAGAAAAGGCUGCCAAGGUGUACGAACACAAGCUACUUAUCAGGCUUUUUGUGUGAAGAAUCGUGUGUUGUUGUUUGUGGUCAAAGCUUUGUCUCACCAGCAUAGUCAGAUCAAUAUAUAAAUGUCUUGGGUAGGUGGCAGAAGGUUGUUGAACUGGGCCUGUGUCGAACCGUAGACCUCAGGUUGGCAGCUUCUGACCACCUGCACUGAAGUGCCUGCACAUUUUUAACAUGUCUUCUCAUGUCAUACAGUUCAUAACCCGCUGCAAGCAUAUCCAAAACACAUCUUAGAAGAAGUUUUGUCCAUAGAGUAUGUUGCAUACUGUUGUUUAGUAUGAAGUAAAUAUGUAACCAUGUGUUUUAUCUUCAUUCUGUGUUGGCAUCUGUUAUUCAGACACACCAAACUGCUUUUGAGUGUGAUCAACCUGACAUUUAUUUCAAUCGAGUUUGUGCUUCAACAAAGCGAAAUUCAUUUUACAACCUCAAACCGCUGAGAAACCAUUUUGUCCCGUUGUCUCGAGAGUGUGUUCGUCUCUUUAGCCAGUGCCCCUUGUGACUUGAUGCAUUUGGUGAGUAGCCUAUGUUUUACCAGACACAGCUCGGUGAUUGUUAUUUACAUCUGACAUCCACUUCUCUAAGUGCACACAAGGUCUGUACGGUGUUAGCUUCUUCCUGUGUCUGUGAACCCAUACGAGAUUAGGCUUGUUUGUUAUAUGUAUUUUUUUUUUCAUGCAGUAAUUAUGCCUUUGCAUACGUACGCACAAAACAGUUGCUAGUACUGCUUCAUCCUUACAUGUGCAGUCAAAAGUGCAGAAUAAA